UCACGUGACUGUUCAUGUGACACAGACAAAAUGGCUGAACACACAACUUUGCUGUUGUUUCUUACAUUCACAUUGUUUUCAGCAAUAGCAUAUUGCCAAAGUGAUUCUAUCACACAGCUUUGGGUUGUGCUUGACGAUGUAAAUCAAACAUACACGAUUUAUAACACUUCUCAACCAAAUUUCAUAGCCGUUGCAAGCUUUGAUAACAGUAUCAACCAAACAGGAUGGGCCAAACUAGAUGUUAUCACUACUUCUGGUCCGAAUCAGAAGUAUACAGACUUCCAGCAAAUGUAUGCCGCUGGAUUUGUCGAGGGACACAUCACAAGAUCACUGAUUGGCAUGCACUGGAUCAACACAGUAGCUGGCUUUUGUCAAGAGCCCUUAUCCCAUCAGUGUCUCCAGUUAAAGAAAUUUUUGGAGGCCAAUUUGAACUGGAUGAAAGAACAAAUUAGUGCUUAUGGAACCAGGGAAUAUUUCUGGCAUCAUAUAAAUCUGUAUCUUUUGCAAGCCACAGGCCUCCAAGAUGGAUACUCUAAUUAUCCAGGUGUCCUCAAUACAGAUAUUGAUGUCCUGGGUCUCUAUUUCUUUCAAGUUGGUGGAGAUAUGGAAGAUCUUGGAGAACUUUUUCCAUCAUUGUCCAAGAUCCGUAGCUCAGUGGGCCAGGACAAUCAUUGGGGGUUUGGACGAGGUCACUGUUCUGCUCUGCUCCGUCUACUUCCAGACUUCUCCGACCUCUAUGUAGCUCAGGACACAUGGAAUGAUCUCCCUUCAAUGCUGAGGAUUUUGAAACGUUACAAUUUUGACCUUCACCUUUUGCCAUCCUCGAAAGAUAGUAUACCUGGCAACAUUAUGACCUUUUCAUCUUACCCUGGCGUCUUAUCUUCUGGAGACGACUUCUAUUUAAUUUCUUCUGGUUUGCUCUCUCAAGAAACAACAAUUGGCAAUUCUAAUCCUGACCUACUUAAGUACAUUACCUACACCUCGGUACUGGAGAGCUUCAGAAGUAUGGUGGCUAAUAGACUAGCCUCUUCUGGAAAAGAAUGGGCAUUCUAUUUUUCUCAAUUUAACAGUGGCACCUAUAACAACCAGUGGAUGAUUGUUGAUUAUAACAAAUUUGUACCUUUUGAGAAAAAGCCAACUGAUGGUUUGUUUUAUUUAUUGGAACAGAUACCAGGAACAAUCUACUAUGAGGAUCUGAGCCAGCUACUGUAUAACCAAUCUUACUUUGGCAGCUACAAUGUUGCGUAUUUUCCAAACAUUUUCAAUGCCAGUGGCAUGCCAGCUCUGGUCAAUCAGUUUGGUGAUUGGUUCACUUACGAUAAGAACCCAAGAGCUCUGAUUUACAAGAGGGAUGUUCCCAAAGUGGUGGACAUGAACUCAAUGACUAGGUUGAUGAGAUACAAUGAUUUCAUGCAUGAUCCGCUGUCCAGCUGUAAUUGUACUCCACCCUAUUCGGCAGAGAAUGCUAUUGCUUGUCGAGAUGAUUUAAACCCCAUUGAUGGUACUUACCCCUUCAGCGCUCUUGGACAUCGCCCGCACAUUGCUACUGAUAUGAAGCUUGCAAAUUUUUCACUGUCUCUGAGUUUGUCCUUCUUGGCUAUUAGUAGCCCAACCUAUGAUGAUCUGCCUCCCUUCCAGUGGAGCAAAUCUGAUUACAAUACCAUGUCACAUGUGGGGCACCCUGACCUCUGGAUGUUUCCCCUCAUUCUCUUCAACGGCACCUACCCCAUGGCUUAGAACUGAUAGGACACACAGGGGGCUAAGACAAAAAAAAAGGAUAUCACUAUUUAAAACUUAUUUUUAUUUCCUUGUCUUAAUAUUUUUUUCUAAUAUUUUAAAUCAUGACAGUAGACUUUCUAUUGAUGUCUAAUUCUGCAUAUUGAAUUGUAUAUUAAUCAGACCAAGAAUGAUGUAAAUGUGUAAUGGUGUUAAGUUAUAACAUGUUUUUUUUUUACUAAAGGGUUGUGCACAUUCCAUUUGUAGCUAGGCUGGCACCUUCGCCUAAAAUAGUAACUCUUCAAUUGGCAUCUGUUUUAUCUUGCAAAGGCUUUAAGUACAUCUUGACAGAAGAGCUUGUAUCUGCAUGUGCUGGUACAAGGUAGGAGUCUUCAUGAACUUAUUCCACAUUGCUAAACAGUAUGGCUCAACAUGGAUGUAGUUAAUGUGCUUGCAUUAAUUUCUAUUUGGCUGUGCAAGGUUGUUAGACCUACUUCUCUGGUAGUGCCACUGCAAUGUAUGCCUUGGAUCUAUUAUCCUUAUGAUUUCAUAGUUUGGAUUUGACUUGUUUAUUUUUUAUUUUGAAAUGUUUUAUAAACUAAUGAAAACUUUAGAUUUUUAACUGUGAUAAAAAAGUGCAAAAAUGUAUUUUUAAUAAUUAUAAAUUUAUAAAAUGAGACAAAAGUGUGUGUGUUUGUAGAUUUCAUCUCAAGAUGUCAAAAUUGAAGCUUAAAUAAAUUGUCACAUUUUUAGUGUUUAUAAAUUUGGCAUUUUAUAGUCGUGUACAUAUGCUAUAAAAUCAAAAGAAUAUUGCCUACACUUGUUUACAUAUAGCUCUUAUCAUUUAUUAUUUUAUUGGUUUGUGUCUAGAAAAUGUUUUGUAAUUCCUAUUCUUUUUCCCAUUCUUCACACCCCCCCCCCCCAUUAACAAACAAAGUUAAAAGCCUUGAUUGUUUUCCACACUGUACAGUCUUUUGUGAAACUUUUGUUUGAAAACAAAAAAAAGUGCAAUCAUAUUUAAAACUCUUAAUAGUACUGUAGCACACAUACCUUUUUUUAUAUUAUUCUAUUGUCUCCCUUUUUUGUUCUGUUUUGAAUGAUUCAUUUAUUUUUAUCAAUAGACAUUGGAACUGUUUCUUUAUAUUUCAUACAUGUAUGUUCUAUCUAUUGUCAGGGACUAUCCUUAUGUAAUAAACAAAAUUGUCUUUAAAAGUUCUAACAUUUAAUGAAGAUAUGUUUCUAUUUUAAUACAAUGUAUGUUACAUGUCUUCAUAAAAUCAUGAUCGUGUUUGAUUGGAAUUACAUUGACAUAAUGAGAUCUAUUCAGGGCCGGUCCUACAGGUUGCGGGGCCCUAUGCGAAACGGAAUGCGCGGGGCCUAAUUUGGCUUGUGAUAAGGAUAAUAAGUAAAAAUUAAGAUUUUGUAUUAAGAAAAUAAAUUCGUCUUUGAAUUUUAUUUAUACUUUACUAAGUACAAAAUCACUGUCAAAUUAACCUUACGAGCCAUCUUCAGUAAAUAUUAGUUUUCCAACAACAACAAAAAUAGCCAAUAAACAUUCAUAUCUGCCUUUUAGAUUUACUAUCGACUAGCGAAAUAUCACUUUUGUUAUUUUUUUCUAAGAGGUCAAGAUAGAUUUAGAUCUAUAUUUGUAUGCCAGUGACUAUUAACGUAAAUUAAGUAUUUGAAUGCUCUGUUUUGGUUAAAAUUCGCCUUAUUACAUUUUUAUUAAAUGAAAGCUGACAAUCCGUUUUUUUUAAUCGCCAGUAGGAUUGGCGUUUUCCAUAUUGAAUGACAUCCCGAAAAGACAAUUUUGUAUGUUGUAAGUCAGUUUUCAGAAGUUUUUAAGAAUUUCAGGAGAUUUUCACGACUUUUUCGUAUAUUUUAUAAUUUCAGGAGAAUUCAAGGAACCUUUAAUAAUAAGUUAAAAUGGUUUAAUUAAUAAUUUACACCUAGAAUUUGCAUAGCAUGGGGCCUAUGAAAGUGUGGGGCCCACUGCAGCCACAUAGGUUGCAGUGGCUUAAGACCGGCCCUGGACCUAUUAAUAAGUCUUACAAGGGAAUAUUUCUACACUUUGUAUCUGCAAAUAUUUUAAAUUUAUCUUGUUUUGGUGUAAUUAGUGUAAUUACAUUGACAUAAUGAGAUUUAUUAAUAAGUCCUACAAGGGAAUAUUUCUACACUUUGUAUCUGCAAAUAUUUUAGAUUAAUUUUUUAGGGGUGGAGUUUGGCGGUGCUGUAAUAAAAGGGAAAUAAUUUUAUGAAUAUAUCCCUUGCCAUUCUACAUUCUUGAUUAUUGAUCUACAGCUUAAUGACUAAAACCAGAAUCUUCUUUUAGUUUUCUAAUGUUAUAGUACAGACAGGUUUCUUAAAGUUGAAUUUAAAAUGAGAUCUUAUCUUGUUUUUAUUCAUUUCCAUUUACUUUGCAUUUUUAAAUUUGAAAUAUCUUAUCAUGAACAGAAUGUUAUUUUACAAUGACAAUAUCUAUGACUUUUUUUUCUACAAACACUGUAGGCACUUUUUCACUUUAAUUGUUCUCAGAAAUAAGUCAGGGUAUGGAAAACAGAAAAAAAAAAAAAUAAUAAUCUGUAUCAGUUGUGUUGAGUAAAUAAAAUUUUUCAUUUUACAUUCCAAUUCUACCAUUAAGUCAUCUCCCUGAUAUUUGAGGCCUGCCAUUGGAUCUCAUGUAGUCUGCCCUUGUCAUUGCCCAACUCUCUAAUGCUUAUCAUAUUUUAGCCUUGUGUAAAAUAAAUGUUUUACAAAGUAUCA